UUUUGCUUCUACAAUCCGGGAUCUAUGAAGCGGAGGUGAGCUGCGUACGACCCGUAUGCAAAGCGCCAAUGUGACAGAUCACUCAUGAUCCUUGCAAAUUUUCUAUUCAUAAUAUAGCCAUCCACGUUGACGCCAAGGUGAAUUUGCAAGGCAAGGUGCAGGGGACUCAGCUUUCAUGCAACUGAGCAGAAACGGAAAUGCAGAAUCAUGCUGCUGCCUACAUUCAUACGCUUUUGUGCCGCUUACAUCCACAGGAAAGGUAUAUAUAACCACCACUGUCGACAGCCGACUACCAAAUGCGGUUGAGUCCCCAAAUCUCCAGUGAAGUGCCAGUUCAAUCUUAAAAUUCUUUCUUCCUUGCCGCACGACUUUCCCACCACAUAUCUAUUUCGAAGUCUUUCAUCUUGUUACCAGCAGCAUCAUGAGCGGCAACGCUGAUAAAGCUAAAGAAGCCCGUGACACAUUGAGCUCGAUAUACUCCUUCUAUGCGGCUAACCAAGAUACUGUCGAAAACGUCCCUUCCUUCAUCAGCAGUUCUAGCGGUGAUAUCCCAAUCGCCGUGCAGAUCCCGUCUGCAGAACAAACUGAAGAAUUGAAAAAACACCUGAAGAUGCUAAUUGAAACUCAAGAGGCGAUUGCCGGUAUUUCAGAAAGGGACCGGCGACUCAUGAUCGAGGCAGCCGACGCUAGCACCAUCAAGCGCAGGGAAAACAAACAGAACAAGCAAUCAGGGACUGGCACUGGAAGAUAGAACGGAUGGGUUCGACAGAGUGAUCCGGCAACACCUGCGUACAACACCCUCCAAUGUUGCUUCGUCUUGUGGGCAUAGUUGUCUAAUCAGGUCUGCCACAGUCAUGUUUGUGGGGGCCUGGUAGGUUGUGAAGUCGAAGACCGCAUCCUGGGCGUUCCAAGGAUAGUGCGUUGCGCAGCGGA